AUGACACAGACAAAUUCCUGCGCCGGCAUAUCCUUCAAAUCCCAAGCCCUCUACUUCAUCGUCUACGCCACCCGGUACUUCGACAUAUUCUGGACCUUCACCGACAGUCCCUACAACACCAUCUACAAGCUGCUCUUCCUCGCCUCCUCCGGCUAUACCAUAUACCUAAUGACCACCGCCUACAAGCCCACGCACGACCCAAACCUCGACACCUUCAAGGUACAAUACCUGCUUGGCGGAUCCGCCAUCAUCGCAGUGCUCCUCCCCUACUACUACACGCCGUACGAAAUCACCUGGGCCUUUAGCAUCUGGCUCGAGAGCGUGGCCAUCCUGCCGCAGCUGUUCAUGCUGCAGCGCACCGGCGAGGCCGAGACCAUCACCACGCAUUACCUGUUCGCGCUAGGCUUGUACCGCGCGCUGUAUAUCCCGAAUUGGAUCUGGCGAUAUGCGGUCGAUGGGCAUUGGGAUUGGAUUAGUGUGAUUGCGGGUUUGGUGCAGACGCUGCUGUAUUCGGAUUUCUUCUGGAUCUAUUACACUAAGGUUAUGAAGGGGAAGAAGUUCGCUUUACCGGUAUAG